AUGGAAGAGAAAUCAAGGGCAAAUCAACACCACAAUGGGGUCUGUAGAAUUACUGUUGCUAAGCCCGUAGGGAGACUUAAUAAACCAUAUUUCCAAAAUCGCGAUGAAAGGAUUGGAGAUAAAAUAGAAUUGGAGUCGAUUUCGCCAGCACAAUUAUCAUUGUGGAACGGCAUAUCUCUGAUUCAAAGUGCCGAACAACUGGCUGAGUGGAUUUAUAAUGUCGCAAAUCAAAGAUCUAUAAAUCUGACACUUAAUUGCUGCGAACGGAAUGAGAUCGUUCGUGAUGCAUUACUUCGACGAUUUAAUUGUUGGCCCGAAACAAAAAACAUACAAGCCGCCAAACGGUAUCAAAAGCUGAUCCAGAAAGCUCAUGAUCAAUGCCACGAGCAGGUCCAGUUGUAUCUACACGAUCUCCGCGGAAAAUUACUUGCCGGAGCAGAAACGCUGUUCUGGCUCAGUGAGCUCCAGCCUCUUGUACAUCCUGCGAUCAUGACACGUUUGGAAGCCAAGGACACUUUGGAAGCGUUCGUGGACGAAAUUAAGAGCAUUGACGGAUUUUACCAACAAUUAAACAACGGACGGUUGUGGCCCACAUUAACUCUCCCUUUCAAACUUGAGUUUCUCUUUCAAGGUGUUUUUAACUUGGUGUUGCAAGGCUUCACACCUGCGGCAUAUGAUGCAAUGCAGAUUUUUAAGUUAUUUGCGGAAAAUUAUACUACAUUUGAUCAACGAGCGCCUCGCGGGCAUCCCAUCGGAAUAUCCAUUAUAGCUAGCAUUGGAGCCUUAUUUCCAUUCGAUACAGCUGACCUGAAACAACUUGAUGAAGAAAUUUGCGUGACCCUUUCAAGUCUACUCACCAGAAUGGCCCGCGACUGGAUCCGAGUUGUUGGCCAAGUUCUUGAACUUCUAGAAAAAAUACUCAUUACUAAAUGGGAGCUGUGCGAGCAGAUUCAAAUUGAAGAAGAACUGAUCAUGUCGGUGCAAAAGGAGAUUCAAAACACUUUUGAGCAGCUCAAGUGCUUGCUACUAGCGGAUAAAUUGAAUUCAGAGAGACCAAGCGGUGACCGAAAGGCUCUGAAUGUCAAAAUAUCAAAUGAAGGUGGACAGCUUUUUAAAGUCGACUUGAGUUAA